AUGUCCUUUGGGAGAGAUAUGGAGCUGGAACACUUUGAUGAGCGUGAUAAAGCACAGCGGUACAGCCGGGGGUCACGGGUGAAUGGUCUUCCUAGCCCGACCCAUAGUGCCCAUUGUAGUUUCUACCGAACCCGCACUCUACAAACCCUCAGCUCUGAGAAGAAAGCCAAAAAAGUCCGUUUCUAUCGCAAUGGGGACCGAUAUUUCAAAGGGAUUGUAUAUGCCAUCUCUCCUGAUCGCUUUAGAUCUUAUGAAGCCUUGCUGGCUGAUCUGACCCGAACUUUGUCUGAUAAUGUCAAUCUGCCCCAGGGUGUGAGAACCAUCUAUACUAUUGAUGGAACAAAGAAGAUCACCACCUUAGACCAACUUGUGGAAGGAGAGAGCUAUGUGUGUGGUUCAAUAGAGCCUUUUAAGAAGCUGGAGUACACAAAGAAUGUAAAUCCUAAUUGGUCAGUAAAUGUCAAGACCACCUCAACUUCCCGCACAGUGCCCUCUCUAGCCACGGCCAAAGGAAGCCCUUCAGAUACAAAGGAGAACAAGGAUUUCAUUAGACCUAAACUGGUCACAAUCAUCAGGAGUGGUGUGAAGCCACGCAAAGCAGUUCGGAUUCUGCUUAACAAGAAAACAGCACAUUCGUUUGAGCAGGUUCUCACUGAUAUUACUGAUGCCAUCAAACUUGAUUCAGGAGUAGUUAAGCGUCUUUACACACUGGAUGGGAAACAGGUGAUGUGCCUUCAGGAUUUUUUUGGUGAUGAUGACAUAUUUAUUGCAUGUGGCCCUGAAAAGUUUCGUUACCAGGAUGACUUCUUGCUAGAUGAAAGCGAAUGUCGUGUAGUGAAAUCCACUUCCUAUACCAAAAUAGCUUCAACACCACGUCGGAGCACCACCAAGAGCCCAGGUCCAUCUAGACGCAGCAAAUCUCCAGCAUCCACCAGCUCAGUUAAUGGAACUCCUGGUAGUCAGCUUUCUACUCCCCGUUCUGGGAAGUCUCCAAGCCCUUCUCCUACUAGCCCAGGAAGCUUGCGGAAACAGAGGAGCUCUCAGCACAGUGGUUCCUCUACCUCACUAGCUUCUACCAAAGUCUGCAGUUCAAUGGAUGAAAAUGAUGGGCCUGGUGAAGAAGUGUUGGAUGAAGGCUUCCAGGUUCCAGCCUCAAUAGCAGAGAGGUAUAAAGUUGGCCGGACUAUAGGAGAUGGGAAUUUUGCCAUUGUGAAAGAGUGUAUAGAAAGGUCAACUGGUAGAGAAUAUGCCCUGAAAAUCAUUAAAAAAAGUAAAUGUAGAGGAAAGGAGCACAUGAUUCAGAAUGAAGUUUCUAUUUUAAGACGGGUCAAACAUCCCAAUAUUGUUCUUCUGAUUGAGGAAAUGGAUAUGCCCACUGAGUUGUAUCUUGUCAUGGAGCUUGUAAAAGGAGGAGAUCUUUUUGAUGCAAUUACCUCCACAAAUAAGUAUACAGAGAGGGAUGCCAGUGGGAUGCUGUACAAUCUAGCCAGUGCCAUCAAAUACCUUCAUAGCUUGAACAUUGUUCACAGGGAUAUCAAACCUGAGAAUCUACUGGUCUAUGAGCACCAAGAUGGAAGCAAGUCUCUGAAGCUGGGAGAUUUUGGCCUCGCCACUAUAGUAGAUGGACCUCUUUACACAGUCUGUGGAACCCCUACCUAUGUUGCUCCAGAAAUCAUUGCAGAAACUGGAUAUGGCCUGAAGGUGGACAUCUGGGCAGCUGGUGUGAUCACUUACAUCCUGCUGUGUGGUUUUCCUCCAUUCCGUGGAAGUGGAGAGGACCAGGAAGUUCUUUUUGAUCAGAUUCUGAUGGGACAAGUAGAUUUCCCAUCUCCAUAUUGGGAUAACGUAUCUGACUCUGCAAAGGAACUAAUUACUAUGAUGCUUCAGGUAGAUAUAGAUCAGCGAUUUUCAGCUUUGCAAGUCCUUGAGCAUCCAUGGGUUAAUGAUGAUGGCCUUCCAGAAAAUGAGCAUCAGUUGUCAGUAGCUGGGAAGAUAAAAAAACAUUUCAACACAGGCCCUAAGCCCAACAGCACAGCUGCUGGAGUUUCCGUUAUAGCACUGGACCACGGGUUUACCAUCAAGCGAUCAGGGUCUUUGGACUACUACCAACAACCAGGAAUGUAUUGGAUAAGACCACCGCUCUUGAUAAGGAGAGGCAGGUUUUCCGACGAAGACGCAACCAGGAUGUGAGGGGACGUUAUAAGCCACAGCCACCACCUCCUGAACUCAACUCUGAAUCAGAAGACUAUUCACCAAGUUCAUCUGAGACUGUUCGCUCACCCAAUUCACCCUUUUAAUACAUCACUUCUGUUGAAGGUCUUGGCUUAACCCUUUGAGAUUUUGACAACAAUUAUUGAAACCGUGUGCAAUUUUUUCAUUUGAUUUUGUCUGUAUCAGUUGCUUGACAAAGAUGCCAGAGAGGAGUAUCUUUGUAACAAUCAUUUCCUAUAUGAUUGAGAUGGUCUUUGUCUUCUGUCUAGACUAGCCUCCUGCAGCCUGACACCCACAGAUGUGGUGGGGCUGUCCUUCUAGAAUUUCCAAGCAUUAUUGCCUCACAUUUGGAGAGUAACAGAUUGGGGAAGCCUAGUCUAGAUUGUGAUUUGCUGCUAAUACGAUCCUCAAAGGGUUAAAGCUAUUUUGAGAUAUACAUAUAAAUAUAAAUAUAUAUAUAAUUUUCAGAUGGGGAUAACAGCAAUGAAUGUUUUCAUCAAUUGAAAUAGGAGCUAUUAUGUGUAAUUUAAGCAUAUGUUAACCCCCUGAGUGCUUAAUUUUAAAUAAUUUUGUCUAGCCAAAAUGAGGGCUUUAUCGACACUUAUUUUUCCUACAGGUACUUACUUAGUAAUCUGACUUGAGUGCUCCAUAAUCAUAAAAUACGCAUUAUGAUCUUUAUAGAACUUGUUUUUAUGUUCUUAUGCAGAAGUACAAAGAGUCACUUGAUAGACACUGACAUUGGUUAGAGGCUUGUGGAUUGUUACAAAGGUCAAGAAGAGGAUGUAUCCUAUCUGGAUUCCAGAAAAUAUCAAUGGUUCCUAAAUUUUGCUAAGAAAUAUGCAUCCCAUACUUACUGUAUUGUAUUGCAAAAAUCUACCAUUCUUAAUGUGUGUUACUACUUCUUUAAAUUAUUUCAUAGGCAGUAGAACUGCCUGAAAACAAAUUACUUUGGGUGAUGUGGCAAUAAUCUCAAAAUUACUGCCUUCAGUUCCCCAUUUGUUCAUUGAAAUGCAAUUUCUGGAAGUCGUCUUGAUAGAAUGUCCUAUGCUCACAUGUACAGGUACAGACAAAAGAUAUGCUUGGGAGGCAGCAAUAAACACAAUCAAUUUUUACAUACCAUGGCUUCUUCUUUGAAUAUUAUUGAAAUGUUAAGUUUAUAGUGAUAUACUCUCUUCACAAUGCUUUAAAAAGAGAACAAUUCAUUCUACUGGAAUUGUAAAUCAAGGAAAGAUCUUGAAAUUCCAAACAUAAAUAACUGUUGUUAUUUAUUAAAUGAUUAGCAAUUACUCACCUAAUGUGUUUGUAAAAAUAUAUUUACCAGAAUUUAGUGAGACAGUGUAUGUAUGAGACUGGGAUAAAAAAAUCCGCAAAGAAAUGUUCCAUCAGUGUUUUAAAAACACAUUUAAAUUACAUUAAGCAUCUUUUUAUAGUUUUGGUUUUAAAAUGUAAUAUUAUUGUAAAAUGGUCCAUUCACCCAUAACUUGAGUUGAAUAAUAAAAAAGUUUCAUUUUUAAGUUA